GAUAUAGAACGUUCUAAACUUGUCCUGGCAGUUAUUAGUGACUGUUACAAACUCACGGCAGUUAUAAAAAUAGCAUAUUAUUUGAUGAAAAAAGCAUAAUUUCAUAUGAUGACGAAGCCUUUGAAAAAUAACCUUCAAAUCCCAUUUUGCGAAAAAAGUGCAUAAAUUUAUACUGCAAAAUUACCAACUAAGUUACAAAUCGAAACAAAUAUCAAAGUUUUUAACUGUAGGACUAAAGAUGAUCUUUAUUUUGCCAUGAUGCAAAUUGUAACAACUGGAUUUUAUUACUCGUUAAAACUUCGUUUAGAAAAAAAGAAAUAAAAGGAGAACGAUGCCAUACAAAAAAUAAUUUAUUUAUUUUGUUUACAAUAUUUACAAUGAAAGCAAUAAAAAAAAUGAUGUUUGUUUGGCUCUUUCGUUAAAAAUCUUGCUUCUGUUUACCUGCAAGUAGAAAAAGAAGGAUGUUAAAGAAGUUGGUCUCAAUCAUUCUAAGAGAGGUGGACAUUCAUUGAAAGAGGUGUCGUCCUAAGAUAUUUCAGCUGACGAUGGGGAGUCGUCAGAAGAAACAAUUCAACUCCACGCGCGAUAAGAUGCCGGAUGUGGAGAAUGUCAAGGUGGCUGUCCGGGUCCGGCCUUUUAGCCAAAGGGAGCGCCAGAGGAAUGCCAAAAACAUAAUCUCAAUGUACGACAAGAUGACGUUUUUGAACAAUCCUGACGCACCUUCCGAAGAAUCGAAGAAAUUCACCUUUGAUCACAGUUAUUGGUCCCACGACGGAUUUCGAGAACUUGAAAAUGGGCUCAUCGUAAAAGACCCUGCGCAACCCAAUGGGGACAAAUACUGCGACCAGAUGACAGUGUUUAACGACCUAGGCAAAGGUAUUCUGAACAAUGCUUGGGAAGGAUACAACUCAACACUGUUUGCGUAUGGACAGACAAGCUCCGGAAAAUCAUGGUCCAUUGUGGGAUACGGCGUCAACAAAGGUAUCGUGCCAAUGUUUUGCGAAGACCUAUUUAAAGGAAUAGUCGACAGCAAGCAUUCUGGGGAAAAAAUUGAAUUUGAAGUUCGAUUCAGUAUGCUGGAAAUUUACAACGAAAUUGUUCGAGAUUUGUUAAAUCCAGGCCUAAGUAAGAAAAAAGGAUUAAAAGUCAGAGAACAUCCAACAAAAGGAUUUUUCGCUGAAGGAUUGAGCUCUGCCUUAGUCACAACUUACAAAGAUAUCGAAACACAACUGGAUCUGGGGACCACAAAUCGAAGCAUAGCAUCUACCAACAUGAAUGCCACAAGCAGCCGAGCACAUACCAUAGUCGGCAUAACACUUGUUCAGAAAUCAAGGAAUAUGAAAGGACAGGAAACAGCAAAGACGUCGAUGGUGAAUCUAGUAGAUUUAGCUGGCAGGUAAGUAGAUGGAGAACUUUGAAUUGUAGAUAUAGAAUAACGUGUAGAUAUAGAACUGAUAAGUAGAUGUAUGUGUAUAUAUCGAACUUAUAUAGAAUGUAGACAUAGAACUUAAAUGUAGAUAUCGAAACACCCAGAAA